AUGAGUUCUCAGGUGGAGAGAGGAUCGCAGGACACUUUCUGGAACUUGAACCAGCAUGAGGCAUUAAUGUAUUCCCAUACCCAGACUGUGGAGGUGCUGUUAAACAAAUUGAGAGCCAUUUGCACCAAACAGGAUGAUAAAUUUGCUAAUGUUCUGGAUGCUGCAGGGGAGUUUGGCACUUUCCAGCGGAGGCUGGUGGCCCUCACUUGCAUCCCCAACAUCAUGGCAGGCUUCUUCAUGUCUGUGGAUGUGUUCGUGUUUGGAUAUGACAAGCCCUAUUGCAACACCAGCUGGAUCCUGGCAGUGGGCCCCAACCUGACAGAGUACGAGCAGCUGAAUCUGACGGUGCCCCGAGAUCCCAGUGGCCAUUUUAUGACAUGCUUCAUGUACUUACCUGUGCCCUGGGAUCUACCUUCUAUUAUCCAGUUUGGCCUCAACCACACAGAUACUUGCCAAGAAGGUUGGAUCUAUCCUGGCAGCAUAAGGCGAUCACUGAAUAAUGAGUUUGACCUGGUGUGUGACAUGGAGCCAGACAAGGACACUGUACAGACCAUGUUCAUGGCAGGGAUCCUGAUAGGCUCUCUCAUCUUCGGGCUCUUCAGUGACAGGUUUGGCCGCCACCCUGCCAUGCUGCUGUCGCUGCUGGGGCUGGUCAUCUUCGGGUUCGGGACAGCCUUUGUGAACAGUUUUCAACUAUAUUUGUUCUUCCGCUUCUGUUCGUCGCUGGCAAUAGUAGGCUAUGUCAUCUCCAGUACAUCCUUAGUUACUGAGUGGCUAGUGGGUGAGCACCGGGCCCAUGCCAUCAUCCUGGAACACUGCUUUUUUUCUGUGGGGAACCUGCUCCUAGUGUGGCUUACCUACAAUUUUCCACACUGGCGGCUGCUGUUUCUGCUGGGAGGGGCACCUGUGUUCCCCCUCAUCAUCUCUAUCUGGAUGGUCCCGGAGUCCCCACGGUGGCUGAUGGUGAAUGGGAACGUGGAGGAGGCGGAGAAGGUGCUGUGCUACGCAGCCAGUGUGAACAAGAAGACCAUCCCUCUCACUCUGCUUGAUGAGCUGCACCUCCAUGGAAAGAAGGUGACUAAGGCAUCUAUCCUGGACUUCUAUAACAAUAAGCGACUCCGCAACCUGAUUGUGGUAUUGGCCAUUAUGUGGUUUACCAUCAGUUCCAGCUAUUUUACCCUGAGUCUCAAGAUGAUAGAUAUGGGCGUGAACAUCUACUUCAGAGGGUUGAUCCCUGUAUUCAUGGAGGUGCCAGCCCGGCUGUGCUCAAUGUUUCUUAUGGAGCAGAUAAAGAGGAAGUGGAGCCUGGCUGUGACUCUCCUCCUAGCUGCCAUCCUGUGCCUGCUUUUCAUUUUCCUCCCUGGAGGGGAGGAUGGCCUCAGAUUUAGCUGACUGUGUUGUCUGGCCCUAGAGCUGAUAUCCAUAAAGAUCCUGGUGAUUGCGCUUGGACAGUUCAGCCUGGGUGCUGCAUGCACUGUGUUGUUUGUCUCCAAUGUUGAGCUCCUACCCACUGUCCUCAGAACCACAGGUGUGGGGCUCACUUCUUUGUUCUUCGGGGCUGGAUCCAUCUCAUCUCUGACAAUCAUGAACAAAGUCUCCUCCCAUCUGCCUAUCUUUUUCUGCUGCAUCUCAGCUAUUCUGGCCCUUGGCUUCACCUAUCUGCUGCCAGAAACACAAGAUCAGCCCUUCUCUGACAGCCUGGAUUACUUCCUACAAAGGAGCUCCCAGAAAGAUACAUCUCAGGGCUCAUCCUCUGAGGGCUCCGUCACAAGCAAGAAUAACAAUGAGAUGACUGAGGACACCUUGUCUUAUGCUGUGAUUGAGGAAGUGGACAAGAACAAGAUUCUCAAUGCCCAGAUCCUGAGACUGGACACACCCUCUAAUACUGCUGUGGAACAAUUGAGGUGA